GCGGAUACUGUGGGCGGCAACUUCAGCUCCGUGUUUCAGCUUGUAUUUGUUUACAUUUUGGAAAGUUAACAUCGCCGAAUUAACUAUUAACAGUUUGAUUUUGCUACGAACUAACAAAUGUACAGACAACUGUUACUGAAUAAGUUUGAAACUGAAGAAAACUUAAAAACACGAUUAUUUUCAGGCGAGUUCGGAAGAGGUCCAAUUUCCCGCCCCGUUAAUCUGCUGGACUCAGUCUCUUAAUUAUAGAUAAAUCGUGGUAAAUAGAUAUUUUUGUUUUCUUUUGUGACCACAGCUCUGCCGUAAAACAUCAAAGACGAAGAAAAGGAGGAGGAAGAGGAGAUGCGCGCUCUGAUUGUCCCUCCUCUCCACCCGUACUAAGGAAGUCUUUAGGAAGUGACCAGUCUUAGUGACUACUCUCAGGUGUUUCGUCGUCACAAUGCACAGAUUAAAGAUAAUUUCAGGUCACCUGUCUCCGUCCGGUUCCUCUGACUACAGACGGGACUUAUGGAGGUCAGAGUGUGGCUCCGGGUCCGGAUCAGGGCGCGCAGGGAGCAGCGGUCCGGACGACGUGGUGGUGGUCCAUGGACGGAGGACCGCUAUCGGCAGAGCCAAGAGAGGAUCCUUCAAGGACACCACACCUGACGAGCUGCUGAGCGCGGCCAUGACAGCUGUGCUUACAGAUGUUGGACUGUCACCCAACCUGCUGGGGGACGUCUGUGUGGGUAACGUGCUGCAGCCUGGAGCCGGAGCUCUGAUGGCCAGAGUGGCUCACUUCCUCAGUGGGUUUCCAGAGACCGUUCCAGUCUACACCGUCAACAGACAGUGCUCCUCCGGGCUGCAGGCUCUGUUCAACAUCGCAGGAGCCAUUAGAAGCAAAUCCAUCGACCUGGGCCUCGCCUGUGGUGUGGAGAGCAUGUCACUGCGUUCAAUAGGAAACCCUGGAGAUCUGAGCUCCAGACUGGUGGACAACGACAAGGCCAGAGACUGCAUCAUUCCUAUGGGCAUCACCUCAGAGAACGUUGCAGAGCGGUUUGGAGUCUCCAGAGAGAAGCAGGACGCCUUCGCUCUCAGCUCCCAGCAGAAAGCAGCCCGGGCUCAGAGUAUGGGCCUGUUCGACCAGGAGAUCGUUCCCGUCACCACCAAGUUAGUGGACGAUGGCGGUAAAGAGCGCGAGGUGACGGUGCAUAAAGACGACGGCAUCAGACCUGGAACAACUCUGGCAGGGCUGAGUAAACUCAGACCGGCCUUCAAACCUGACGGCAGCACCACGGCAGGUAACUCCAGCCAGGUGAGUGACGGAGCAGCAGCCGUGCUGAUUGGUCGCAGGUCUGCGGUUGAGGCUCUGGGUCUGCCGGUGCUGGGAGUCCUGAGGGCCAGUGCAGUGGUGGGGGUCCCUCCUGAUGUUAUGGGUAUUGGACCGGCGUAUGCCAUCCCUGCAGCUCUGGAACAAGCCGGACUGACUGUGGCCGACAUCGACGUGUUUGAAAUCAACGAGGCCUUUGCCAGUCAGGCGGUGUACUGUGUGGAGAAGCUGGGGAUCCCAGCGGAGAAGGUGAAUCCUAACGGCGGAGCCAUCGCCCUGGGUCACCCUCUGGGCUGCACCGGAGCCCGACAGGUGGUGACGCUGCUCAACGAGCUCAGACGUAGAGGACGGAGGGCGUACGGAGUCGUGUCCAUGUGCAUUGGGACGGGGAUGGGAGCUGCUGCCGUGUUCGAAUACCCCGGACCUUAGAGACGACGGCGACACGUCAGGACCAUGUAACUGUGAUUAAAGCCUCUUUCAGACACGACAGGUAACAUCAGAGUAACAGCUUCUGUACGGAUCAGAGCUGCAGUGAUUCAUUGAUUAUUUGAUCUGUUGGUACAACGGCCAGUUUCUACUAUUCUCUGACACUUCAUAAACAAACAAUUCAUCAAUUAAUGAGAUAAUAAUCACUGUUUUCAGCCCAUCAAAGAUCAUGGCUUAGCGACUGCUGACUGAAGCUCAGUAAUCCAAACUUUAAAUGACAGAGCUCCCCUUCUAUACCGUCCAGUCAGAUACAAACAAUGAAUCAGGCUUUUCUCGCUGUACUCAUCCCUCCUGUUCACUCUGUCCUCAGUUCCCUUCAUGAAUCAAAAUCACAGCGAGAAAUGAGUCACAAUGUUAGUGGGAAGUUUUGAAUUUUGCUGGACAAAAAUAUUAAAAUGAUGAUGCUGUGAUUUUGUUGGUCUGUUCCCUCACAUCUGUAGGUCUCUGUAACCAAACCCCACAGUCACUGCAAAAGUGUAGUUAGUUUAUCUGAAGCUGAUGAAGCUUCAACAGUCUGAGCAGAAUCCCGUGGGUUUCUACCAAAGCAAAGUCUUUUUUUCCAACAAUAUUUUUAUGAACAAAACAUGUUCAUAAAGUCAUUAGAAACAAGGAUCCUCAUGAAUCACAGAUUAUUAGUCUGGGUUCCAUGUCUGUUCUUGCAUAUAGAGAAAUGAAGUUUAACAGUCUCUUCCUGUUUCCUGGCUGAGCUGAGGUCAGUGACUAAAAGAGUAAAUUUAACACUAAACAGACUGAAACACUGAGAGAAUGAUUUGAUGUAUUUAACUCUGACUGUUGAAGCUUCAGAUGAACUUUACUCAGAACAAAGACUGUGGACUUAGUUCCCACUUUAUUCAGAGAUCAACAUUAACAGGAGGAACGACCACAGAGAGAAACCCUGUGACUGUAGAAAUAAAUAAAGUCAGUGUUACAGGUUCCGUGUCUGAAAGAGGCUGAAGAUUUGAUGAACUGAUACUGUUGUAAUUUAGCUGUUAAUACUUGUAUAGAAGACAUUGAUUAAGUGCCUUUGAUUUCAUGUUGCUGAUCGAAACACUUGAAACUAAUCUGCUGAACGUGUCCACUUCUGGAUCAGACCUGGUUUUACUCACUUGGCAUUUACUGCACCUCCUUCACAAUAAAAGCAUCCCGUUGGUUCGCCAGUCGAAAGCUUUUGAUGUGAAGCACAGAAGCAGGAAGUGUUUGGUUUAUAUCAGCUACACAAACAACAAGAGUUAGCAGAGCUUCAUUAGUGACGCUGUUCUACAAUAAAAACUGGUUGAUCUGGAUAAAUUCACUGUGAUAAGUGAUCGGAGGAUCCACAGAGAACAGCCACAGUGACGUGUCAGGAGUUCAUGAGUAAAUACUGAGUUUGAUUUAAUAUAAAUGUGUGUAGGAUGUUUUGAAUAUUUUCUGUGGGAACACUUUAACUCUGGUGUUUUUGAACCUGAGUUUUAUUUUCCAUGGGUUUCAGUGGAAAUGUUUGAUAGAGACAGAAAUCUCUGGAGAGAACCAGGUCUUAUUCCAGGUUCGAGAACACCAGAGUUCUCCCCUUAUUUAGCAUUUAGAGACAGUGUACACACAUGUAAUAACUGGUUUAUAACAGACUAUAAUACAGCUGUGAUCAGAUGAUAUGCUGGUUAUUAAUGCUGAAUAAGGGGAUUUAAAGUAAAGUUACCUGAGGACCAAUCCAACAGUCAUUUUGUUUUCAGAUUUGAUCUAAAGAUGAUCUGUUAUCACCUCAAACUGAUGUUCUGUGUAGAAACUGAAAAUAAAACAUUUCAUCAGGA